UAUGAUUUUGAACUGCUACAAAAGUUGGUAGAAAUGUGCGACUUUGCCGCCUUGUGGGCGGACGUAGUAAAAAUAUUCCCAGUUCUGGGUGGCGUGAGCCAGGCUACGGUGUCCGCCGGUCCAGUGGAUGAGAAGGUGUUAGAAAAUGUUCGCCAGCACCUGACGAUGUUUGGAGGCAUUGACACCUUUGCUGCUCUGGUUGACUUGGAAAUACAGUCGUCUAUUCGAAAGGUUUUGGUGCCAAAGUUCUGGAAACACUUCCACGGCUUGGUGCCCCCAGAACUGCAGAGCGGGUUCAGCGACCAAGCAUUGGCCAUAGAAGCUCUGCCUGACAAAAAUCGACUGUUCACCCAGUUCAUUGAAGCCGUCAACGAACUGCACGAGGCGUUUCAAAACCUGAUGCAAGUCAAGCCCCGUCUAAUUCAGCUCAUUGGGAGCGAAGAUAAGCCAGCUCUAAGGACGGUAAAGUUGUUGCGGGAGGAUGGAAUCGAGAACUGUUUGAGGGACUGCCUGCUGGCCCAGCUGCCGCCCACAUUUAGCGUGGUCGUGGGGGCAUUCUACUGGGUCCAUUUUAAACUUUUCACUAAAGCCUCACAUCUGGCGUUAACCACAGUUGACUCUGAUGUGUUCGACGAACUGCUCUGCGUCGGCUGCAACUUCGAUGUGGAGCAGUGCUGCUGCGAAAAGCUGACGGAAAUGGUGAACAAGACAAACACGAUGCUGUUUGAGAUGAAUCUCACAGAUCGCCUAACUGGCAGUGCAUUGACGGCGCUCAUUAAGCUCAAGAUCAAGGAGCACAUCAACGACACGUGCAUGGGCAUAUUCGAUCGGAGCCAUCUAAAACAGCUCGAAACGUGGCUAUCGGAUGUCAUAAUGUCAUGGCUGGAAAACAUUUUCUCAGAAUGGAAGUCGAAAGAUUGUUUAACCGAAGAUGAUGCUCCCGCUCCUGUCCAAUCCUUUAAGGUCAAACUGACCUAUUAUAUGUACGAGACAUUCGCACAAAGCGUUAUCGGCCAGUUCUUCAGUAUAAUUAUUGACUAUCCAGAUUCUAUUCCGGCCAUAGACGACCUCAAGAUUUGUAUGGAAAAGAUUGACAUGCGCAUUUACCUAACCGAAUCGUUGCGAAGCUCCUUAGAAGCCCGAAUUCUGCAUCCUGGCGUCAACACCAUGGACAUAUUGACUGGAUACGUGGCGGCUAUAAAGGCCAUUCGCCAUCUAGACAAUACUGGAGUGAUAUUGGAGAUGGUCACAGCCCCCAUUAAGGACUACCUUCGUAAGCGAAACGACACCGUCCGGCGUGUAGUAACCGGUCUGACCGAAGAGGGACCCACCGACCUGUCCGAAGAACUGGCCAAGGGGGAAGCAAUCAAGGACGGAAAGGAUUCCGGUGCCGACGAGUUUAGCAACUGGGAGAACUGGGAACCGGAUCCGUUCGGCAUCGAUGCCAGUGUCAUGCAGUACAACAGCUCGAGGAAAAUGAGAUCGGCCGACAUUAUAUCAAUGGUCGUUGAUAUCUACGGAAGCAAGGAGUUGUUCAUGACUGAAUAUCGCAAUCUAAUGGCAGACCGCCUUUUGUCACAGCUGGACUUUAAUUCUGAGAAGGAAAUUCGAAAUCUGGAACUGCUAAAGAUCCGAUUUGGUGAAUCCCUUCUGCAUAGCUGUGAGGUAAUGCUGAAAGAUGUUACCGACUCUAAGCGAAUCAACGCACACAUCCAUGGGGAAAGCAAUCGUCCAGAAAAUCAGCAAUUUGACAUUUCAUCGUUAAUUGUUUCGGCACAGUUCUGGCCGUCCUUCAACAAAGAGAGUCUGCAGCUGCCGGAUGAGAUCGAAACGGAGUUCAAGAAGUAUACCAAGGCGUAUGAAGCGUACAAGGGCAAUCGUACGCUCAACUGGCGUACGGUCACUGGGCGUGUGAACAUCGAGAUCGAGAUCGGGGAUCGAACCAUGGAAAUGGUUGUGAGCCCCACCUUAGCGGUCAUUAUAUAUCACUUUCAGGGCAAGAGCGAAUGGACUCUUGAGGAUCUAAGUACAAUUACAAAGGUCCCACAGUCUGCUCUACGACGUCGUUUAAGCUUUUGGCAAAAUCACGGGUUGAUUUCUGAGACAACGCCGGGAGUUUUCACACUUUUGGAAAAGGAGUCCGAGGAAAAAUCACAAUUUGAAGAUAUGAGUCUUACGGAAGCCGAUGAAGAGGAUUUGGAGUCGGCCAUGGCCUCGGCCAGUGACCAGAGGGAAGAGGAACUUCAAGUCUUCUGGUCUUACAUUGUAGGCAUGCUCACGAACCUUGACUCCAUGCCCAUCGACCGCAUCCAUCAGAUGCUGAAGCUGUUUGCCUCCCACAGCGGCGGCGUUGAAUUCACUCAGGAUGAGCUGAAGCAUUUCUUGCAGCGAAAAGUCAGGGAGCACAAGCUUAUAUUUUCCGGUGGAGUUUAUCAAUUGGCUAAGUAAUUUUUGGGAGCUGUUAUCGAACAACUAAGUUGCAAACGACUGAAGAAAUCGUGAAAUAAAGGUGAUAAAGCAUA